AUGGCUAAACGACAAUUGGGACUUGGCAAGGCGGCCAAAGCCAAAAAGCAGAAAACUGAAACCCUGCAAAGCACAGCAGCAACCUCACAAAAGCCAAAUGAAACCCUAAGGGUCGAAUUGAACGAGGAAGCUGACGCCGACGAUGAGCUCGCUCAGUUGCAAGCGCUCUGGAACACCUACAGUAAGCUGGAUAAAGAGAACGAGCUCAUGGUGAAUGGAAUUAUACACGAGUGCGAUCGUCUUCUUCGAAACUGGGACGAAAAGAACGAGGCGUUGCCCGAUUAUUUCCAUGCUAUCUAUGCUCUUGCGCUCUCGGAGCUUGCCAAAUAUAAACCCGAAGAAACAAGCCAAUGUUUCCAGAUGGCUUUGGAGCGUUUGGACGCUGGUUUGGCUGCGUAUCCAAAGUCCAUCGAUGUCAAUUUUGCAAAAAGUCGAGUUUUACUAGCCCGUAUACCACUUCAGUAUAUCUCCACACUCGAGGUGAGCUCCCAGGUUGGAGACUAUCCCAAUGUGUCUGAGAUGUUGGACGAAGCACUUUCAGUGUAUGAGGUUGCCGAAACCGAAGCAGAAGCCAGAAAGGAGUACUCAAAGUUUAACGAAGACAAUCUUGACAUUCUUCAAGCGUUGGACGAUGUGCUCGAUAUGAUGGACAAUUUCUGCAAGAAGGAAGAAGAGGAAGACGAAGAAAAAGAAGAUGAUGAUGAUGAGGAAGAAGACGAAGAAGAAGAAGUCAUCCAAUUGGCCGAAAAUCACCCCCUUUACCAUAUUCAAGCCACCGACAAAUACAACUUUUGGUGGAGAAACCAUACCCUUAAAUUCCUAACUAAUGUCACGAAAAGAACCGAAAACACUACCCAGCUUCAACGUGAGCUUUGUACGAGAUUGGGUCAGUCGUAUCUUCAAGAAGCAGAGGUUCCAGCCAACGUUUAUACCACUUUAAAGUACGAUGAUGAUUACGCUGGUUUGGGUGAGUUGCAAGGACUCCAAAUGGAAGAAGGUCAAAAGUUGGCACAAGAAAGUUUUAAGGAAGCAUUGAAGUACUUGAAGAAAGCCCAAGAUGAUGAUGACCCAGAUACGUGGGUUAAUGUGGCAGAAGCCAUGAUUUCGUUAGGAAACAUGUACGAGAUGGAUUCUCCAGAUCAGGAAAAAUGGUAUGAUGAAGCAGAGAAAAUUCUCGUUCGAGCCAACAAGGCUACUCAGGGUAAGUAUAGGGAGAUUCUUGAGAAUCUUCGGGGAGAGGACGAGGGAGAUGAAUAG